AGUGUGUGUGCUGUCCUGUCAGGCAGGCGGGAAUCAUAUGACCUGCGUUCAUUCCUGUAGUGUCGCGCGCUGUGUCUGAAGCGCAUUUCUCCGGUGCUCGCGACGUGAGAACAGCUCAGCAUUAACAUGAACCACACCGCUGUGCUGCACUGAAAUACUGUCGGAUAUUUAUUCAGACAGCAGUCUCAUUCACUUACUUACAGAAUAGGCGUGAUUACGCGAGAUGCCCGAAGAAAAAGCGUUUCACCAGCAGGCUGUCCACAGUCCCCUGGAGCAGCAGAAGGUACAGCGGCAGAGCGGCCCCGUCCCGUGUCAAAACUGUGGCAAGCCCUGCAAAGGCGAGGUGCUCCGCGUGCAAAAUAAUCACUUCCACAUCAAGUGCUUUGUUUGCAAAGUUUGUGGAUGUGACUUGGCUCAAGGAGGGUUUUUUGUGCGACAAGGCGAGUAUAUCUGCACUCUGGAUUAUCAGCGACUCUAUGGCACCCGCUGCUUCAGUUGUGAAGAGUUCAUUGAAGGGGAAGUUGUGUCCGCCCUGGGCAAGACAUACCAUCCACGCUGUUUUGUCUGUGCCGUCUGCAAGCAGCCGUUUCCAGCUGGGGACCGCGUGACGUUUAAUGGGAAGGAGUGCAUUUGUGAGAAAUGCACUCAGCCUGUGCCAGUCAACAGCACGGCACCCCCACAGGCUGUGUACAAUUGUUGCGGCUGUGGAAAGGAGUUUAAAAAUGAGCAGUCUCUGGUGGCGUUGGACAAGCACUGGCACCUCGGCUGCUUCAAGUGCAAAGUGUGCAAUAAAGUGCUUAAUGCCGAAUAUAUCAGCAAGGACGGGAUCCCAUAUUGUGAGGUAGACUACCACGCCAUGUUCGGCAUCCAGUGUGAAACCUGCAAGAAAUACAUCACUGGAAAAGUACUUGAGGCUGGAGAAAAGCACUACCAUCCCACAUGUGCCAGAUGUGCACGCUGUGAGCAGAUGUUUGGGGAGGGCGAGGAGAUGUACCUGCAAGGUUCUUCCAUCUGGCAUCCACCUUGCAGACAGGCUGCACGUAUGGAGGAGAAGAGUAAGAAACAGGUGCGGAUUCAGCUCAGUGAUCUCCAUUCCAAUGUACCUGUGCAGGUGACGAGAACCUCCUCUGAGAGCAUCACCUCUGCUCCUGCCUCCAGUGCUUCCGGCUCCCCUAGCAGAGUUAUCUAUGCAAAAUUGGGUGAUGAGCUUCUGGACUACAAGGACUUGGCUGCUCUUCCUAAAAUCAAAGCGAUCUACAACAUUGACAGACCUGACAUGCUUUCUUACUCGCCCUAUGUGAGCUACCCUGUGGAGGACAGGACCUUUGGAGAGUCACCACAGCAACUCACCCCUACUCCAACAGAGGGAGAUGGGGAAAAGUCUCCCCGCCAGAGGAGGCCCUCCAGCCCCAGCUCCAACAGCUCUUUAGGGGGUUAUGGACGCUAUACACCUUCCCGCUCACCUCAGACCUACAGCAGACCAGAGCAAUAUCUGAGCGUCAAAUACACCACCCAACCAGAAAAUUCCAACUUGUUGUCUGUACCAACCUCGGGGAGGAGUAGCACCCAUGGUAGUGCCAGAGGCUCCUCCCCACUGCCUUUGUACAACAGCAGUGGUAGAAACACUCCACAGGCAGGGAACGGUGGUGUGGCCCUGUCCCUCAACCCCACCACUCUGGCUUUGCUCCAACAACACAACUACAUCCCUUACUUAAGAGGUAGUGAAAGUGGGCGGAGUACCCCCAGUCUCUCCACCUAUUCUGAUGGCAAAUCUCCUUCUUCUACAUAUGUUGCAGCUCCACGGCAUUUCCAUGUCCCAGAGGUUAAAGUCAAAGAUAAUAUCUAUAGAAAGCCCCCUAUCUACAAACAGCAUGCUUCCAGAACCUCCUGGCAAGAUGAUGACGUAGACAGAAAGACCAGAACAAGUUGGAUGAACCUGAAGAGUGAGAUUGAUGGACAGUCUCCAGAUCUUGACCCCAGGACCUCCACCCACAGCUUGCCCACAGAUAUGUCUCAACCCAACUUUCCAUACAACAAGUCAGCUUCGCUGCCAGGAUAUGGGCGGAACGGCAUAUACAAGGCGGCUGAUCUUAGUGAGGAUGAUAUAGAUCAUGACUCAUCUUGGAGUGGAAUGAGAGAGUAUAAGGUCUAUCCCUAUGACAUGCUAGCUGUGACCCACAGAGUCCGAGUAAAACUACCACGUGAUGUGGACCGCACCAGACUGGAGAGGCACCUGUCACCAGAGGACUUCUACAACGUGUUUGGGAUGACCAUUGAACAGUUUGACCGUUUGGCUUUGUGGAAGAAAAAUGAUCUCAAGAAGAAAGCACGCUUGUUUUAAAUCACGCCUAAUCGCUUAAUGGAAAGCAAAGAUAAAGAGAAAACCUCUUCUCAUCUGUCCUGUGUGCAUGGAGGGAUGAGUGUGAGAGAAACAUAUAUGCAACUUCAUCAUUCUGCUGCAUAGCUACUAUCAUCCCAUCUCACGCUGAGGAAGAGGGAGCGCUUUCACAACGCUGUUUGCCACCUAUCUUUGUGCGUGAACGCCACACCACAUGGCCUGAAUGUUACUCUGAUGACGGAGAGCCUGGAGUCAGAACUGAAUUCUCCAACACUCUUUGUUUUUCUCUUUGAUUGUCUUUGACUUCGCUCCCUCGGCAGUCUUUGUGAUUACUGUGUUGUAUGUAUUCUCUCUUUGUGGAAAAGGCACACAAUAUUGAUAUAAGCCACUUUCUUUACAUUUUAUACCGUUGAUAAACAUGGCCAACCAGCUCUACAUCUAAGUCUUUAUGAUAUGUAAUACUACCCAUCUUCCCUUGUUGUGCCCUUGUUUUUGACUGCAAUGAAUGUUGUCCAACGUCUAAAUCUCGUCCAUGUCUAGUCGUGUUCUUUGCUCAAUGUCUUUCUCUCUAUCUUUUCUCAGUCUCUUCCUGCCUGUUCCUCUUCUUACCUCUUAGACAUGAUGCUCAGCCAUGGCUUGGACUGUAAUACAGUAUAUAUCAUGUGAUAUCAGCUUUAUGGAAGCUCAUUCAUCCAUGGCUUUAGCAUGACCAGGCCAAAGACUCAUUCAGAGCAAGAAGUCAACGUGACCUAACCAGACAUGACGCAAUAAAGCGACAAGAAAAAACCCUCUUCCAGGUCCUUUUUGUCCUUUCCACCCUCGACCGUGACAAGUGAAGGGCAACAGGACACUUUAUCGUCGAUUGGUUUCCAUUUACGCAGUAUCAUGCUCGGUAGCCCCGCCCACUGUGAAAUCUCAUUUGUUCCUCUGAACUGUACAUUAAAUAGCUUCUCAUUGGCUCUAGUUGCAUCUCAUCACACAUCAGAUUGAGAAUUUGUAUUGCGCCUGGUUAGGAGGACACAGUGUUAUGUUUAUUAAUCUUUACUGUUGCUUAAUGACUGUGAGUGCGGACAGCUGGAACAAUGCAUAGCUUUUGUGUCAUAUUAUGUAUCUGUUGGCUUUUUUAGGUCAAUGUGCAAUUCAUCAGAUGUCAUUAUUAUGACAACCCUGUUAUUCAAUAAGACAUUUAGACAUUUAAACUGAUAUCGGGACUUUGCAUACUCUCCAUAUAUAUCGUGCACAUUACGUAUCAUCAUAAAUCUUAUCAAAUGCAUCAGCCAGACAUUGCAUUGGUCUUUCUCGUUGUUUGAAAAUGAAAGUGCUCAUUGCAGAGUAAACACUUAUUUUUGUAUGCAUUUUUUUUUGUCAUACAGAUGUUUGCCAGAUCCUUUAUUUGCCAUUUGCAAAUAAUUGCAACAUUUACUUUAGCAUGGAGCCAUGCCAAAGUUAACAGUUUCUGUAGCAAUUAGUGAAACUAAUACAAUACAACACUUAUAAAGCAUGGAGUUCAGUGGGCGCUUCAUUUCAUUUAAAACACAUAGUAUUUUUUUUGUUUUGUUUGAUUGUUAAUACAUGUGUGUGCUGUAUAUUGAUACACAUGUCCAUUACACUGGUCAUGUCACCCUGCAGGCAUGCACUGCAUAUACUGGAAGCAUUACGUAAUGGCUUCAUAUUCAACUUUAGAGUGUAAUCAUGACAUGUUUGAUUUGAGAUCUGACAGUUACUGAGAGAUUGUUUUGCUUCUUCUGACACAUUCUUAAGUUGCACCACGUUUGCUCUAGAUAUUUUACUCUGAUGAAAUUGAAAUUGGUUCUUUUACUGAUGCCAGUUACUCAUAUUUGCAAAGAAACAUGCAAAGUGUUUGGAUAUAUUACUUAAAGAUAUCAGAAACUGAAACAACAUUCAGUAAAAUAAGUUUUGACUAAUGAUAACCAUGUGAAAUGUGCCUAUAUCUUGUAUGAAAUCAAUGCAUCUUUGGAUUUUUUUUUAACUGCUCAGCAGGGUAACUCAGUUUGUUUUACUUUAUGUUGAUUGUGAAAGUAUGAUGGUUUCUAACUGACUGUAAGUGUGUGCAUAUUCAAAACUCGAUAUUCAGGGUCAUAAUGCAACAUUUUGAAUGCAGUAAAUUUUAGCCUUUGCCGGUCAUGCCAAAAUCUGUUGUGCUUGGGAAAAUACAGUAAAGCUUGUCUCAAAUACAUGAAUGUGUUUUGGUCUGAAUGCGUAGGUGGGAGCCUUCCCAGAAGAACCAUGUUGAGCUGCGGAGGACAAAUGCGUUAGUCUUAUUUAAACAGCUGUAGAAACAGGCACGCGUGUGGGUGUGAGUGGUGUUAGCCUCCAGUACAGCAGUCCAAUAGUUCAGGCUAGGUGAGUUCAGAUCAGUGUGUUUUCUAUCAUCUUCAUACUUUAACAGCACUGUAACCCUUAACCCUUAAAAACCACACCCAAAUCAAUACUAAACAUUAAACAUCUGAAUUGGUUCAAUUUUUUUUUUUUUUUUUUUUUUUUUUUUGUGGAAAUUAUUUCAAAAUGUAUUUUUCUUUGUGUGUGUGAGAAGUCUGGAUGAAGGCAGAUGUAGGAUUGUGACCCAAGAGAACUCUGACCCAACAGUUUUAAAAGCUGCUGGACUACUUUUGCUACUAUUACACAUUCACAUUUUAUACCUAGAAAGUUUGAGAGACCUUAUGUAGUUGUCUUUGUGUUAUGAUGAGGUCACACAACAUAUAUGGUUUCCCAUUGGUGCGCAUGGUUUUGUGCUAAUAUGCAAACUAACUACUGCAUAUAACUGUGAUUGUGAUGUUAUUCUGACUGUGCAAAGUUUGGGAAAUGUAAAUGCACUCAUUUUAUUCACUGUUUCUUUGAGUUGCUUUGCAAGAAAUAUUGAUAUUCAUCUCAAUAAAAACAGCUAUACUUCAA